GCAGCGACGUGGCGUUUUGAAAAUCACUAAACGCUUUUUGUUGCGUUACAAACUGGGAUGCUAAUAAAACGUGCUUUUCGAUGAUUAGAGAUUGCUACAACAACAACAACGCUCUUUUCUAAGCCAGUGAUAGGUGCAGCCCAGUGUGGGUGCUGACGUGGAUUCAGGACCAUGGCACGACCCCUUACCUUGGAGCGUGUGCAGACAGGAAUGUGGCUGGUCUACAACCUCGAUACAUUCCCUCUUCUUUGUGUGUACUUGGUCAUGAUAGCGGUCAGCGGGCAGUGGAAACGAUUUACCUCACCUUUCAAUCUCAGGCCUGUUCUUGUGAUUUACAAUUUCAUUGCAAGUGCAAUAAGUCUCUACACGCUGGUUGGUUUCAUCAAUGGUCUGUACCAAUCAGAAUCAUCCUUCGGAACAUAUCCAUCGGAGACAUUGCGCCCAGUUUUCAAGAUCUACUGGCUUACAAAAAUCCUAGAGCUCCUGGAUACUGUUUUCAUGAUACUACGCCACAAAUCUCGGCAGAUUUCUGCGCUUCAUGUGUAUCACCAUAGCAGCAUGCUGAUUCUAAGCGAUCUUGCCUAUCACCACUACCCCUACCCUGCAAUGUCUCCUUACCUCGCACUGAAUUCUGCUGUUCAUGUGGUCCUGUACUUGUACUAUGGUUUAAGCGCCCUUAAUCCAGAUAACCCACCUCAGUGGAAGAAGUUCCUAACUCAGUUCCAGAUAGUUCAGUUUGCCCUGGACCUGGUGCACGCUUCUAUAGGAUACAUCUAUUAUACAUACUGUAUUUAUGGCAUAUUUUAUGGGAUAAGUAUGUUAAGCCUAUUUUGCAAUUUUUAUUACAAGGCAUAUAUCAAACAUAGGGGCCCCAGUGUCAAAACGAAAUCAGAAUCAAAUGGUUAUGGUGACAGAGUUAAAGACAAGAAAAUCAAAUGAUGUUUAGAUACUGCAUUACAUUAAGGUGAACUUAAUUGUUAAUUGCAAGAGUUAAUUUACAUUAUUUACUAUAACAUUAAUUUUUUUAAUUUAAAUGUUUUUGUUUUUUUAUUAUUAUUCAAAAUAUACAUUUACUUUCAAGGAAAUUUACAUGAACUCCUAACGGCUAACGCAGUUAAUUACUUUAUUUAGUAACAACAAUGUGAAUGUAUAUCAGACAACUACAUAGACAUUAUAUUGGUAUAUUCAAGUUUAUAAAACUGCUGGUAGAUAAAUAGUUUUCUCUACACCUGACAUUUUUUGAGUUAGAAUAGUCUUUUAUAUUCAUGGAUGUUUUUUUAAGUUUAUAAAUGUUUUGUAUAUAAUAGCACAUUAAAUAAUGACAUGUUAUGAUACAAAUGCUGAUAUAUCACAUUUAAUGACACAUGUUCUAUUUUCUAUUGUGUGGGAUUCCACUUGAAAUCCUAUUGUUGAUGUUCAGGUUGGUUUAAGUUGGUAUGAUUUUAAUUUUGUUUUUCUUCAUUAUUGUUUAAAGAAUAUUUUUUAACAAAAGUUUAAAUUGGAUUUUAAUGUUCAUAAUACUUGUUGAAAAACUUGAGACCUUUAACAAUUGUGUUGUUUUUGAUUAUGUUUCAAGAUUUUUUUCCACCAUUCCUGUUCUAUUGAACAAAGACCAUAUUAUUAUGUUUUAAAGCUCUUUUCACAGUUUUGUAAAGUGACAACUUUUUUAACAAAAUUAUUAUGGAGUAGAAAAAAUUGGAUGAAUAUCUUUAAAGAAAAUUUGGCUUGUUUAUUCGCCAAUUUUCAAAAUAAUCAAUUUGUUAAUCUGUGAACAGAUCCCUUUAAAAUGUUUUUACCUGAUCAUAAUACAUAGCAGCUUUGAAAUCCACGAUCCACGUUGUAUGCAUAUUACAUAUUGUGCAAUUAUUUUAUUUAUUUAUUUUUGGGUGACGGUGGGAAGUUUAGUGCAGUGUAUGGAUUUAUGCAGAAUAGAAAAAAUCUGGGGUAGCUUUUGAGGUAGACUGCAUGAUGUGAUUGUGCAAGAAUUUUCUUGAAAGGGCAAAAUGCCACUAAUUCUUUCAUCAUACCAGUAGUAAUUGAUUAAUUUGCAUUAAAUAUACAGUUUUAUUCUGUAAGUUAAGUCCAGAUUUAGCAUUUCUAUAGGCUUAAUUCGUUAAUAACCAGUUGCUAUUGUUGUCUUUUUUAAAGCAAGCAUAAGUGAAAGAGUCUCAAAAAGUGUACGCUCUAUGUGCAAUAUCUAGCAAUUAAGUGCUAACUUAAAUAGCUUUUAUUUUUAAAUGGUCAUGUUCUAUGUUCUGUGAAACAAAAACAUUCAAGGAACUGGUUUCCAAUCUGAAUUUCUGUUUGAUGAUUUAUGUUACUUGUUUAAGGAUGAGAUUAUCUCAGAUAUUUGAUAUUUAUUGUUUAUUUCAUACAUGGUGAUGUCUAUAUGCACAUGCUGUUGAUGUAUAUGAUUGUAUUUGUGUGAGAAUGUCCAAAGUGAGAGGGUGAUGCUACAAUUUAAAAUGUCUUGUCUUUGCUUUUAAAUGUUAGCUAGAGCAAUUUGAUGAGGGCAUUGUGUUUGUCAUAGACUGGUAUAUUUGUAAACACAUGCUGUAGAGGGAAAGAUUUUGGCAUAACAUGUAUCUUAAAAAAAAUGUUGGAAUAUUGAAUGAUGAUUUUAUUUAGGCAUUCAGAUAUUCAUGUAUGUGUUUUAUGCAAGUUUUUAUACUUUUCACAGUAUAACUUACUAUAAAAACUUGCAUGUCAGUGCAUUUCACUGAUUAUGUCUGUAUUAAUAGUGUACCGAAAUAACAUACAUAUUCUUAACAAAACGUCCUCUAUAAAUUCUGAUUUGGGGUCAUGAUUUUGUAAACCAGAAUGGCGGGUAUGAUUUCAAAUUUUGGGCAUUGAAAGCAUGUGUACUGUGUCAUUAAUAUUUCAAUGCCUUCCAAUCCGUUGUUAAUGAGAUAUACUAAUUAAACUAUAAAUAUUUCUUAUGGACACAGAAUCCUGGCGCUAUAUUAUACUGGACACAUGAACAGGUGUUCUUUACCAAACAGAAUGUGUACAGUUAAGACAGCAUGUAUGUACCAGUCCUUGGAACCUGUUGCUUCACAUAAAUCCUUUUUUUAAUGUGUCAUUAACCUUUAAGCAAUCACCACUGCAAAAUUAUUUUUGAAAUCCCAUUAUUUAUAGUUCAUAGUUAUAGGCUGGGCCAAAACAUGUACCUUCAAAAAAUUCAUAUAAGGAAUAUGCAAAAUCUCAAGUGUCCGCUUUGUCAAAGAUCUUAAAGCUAGCAACAAGCUUAUUGGACUUGACAUAUUGUCCAACAGAGCGAUUAUAUAUACUUAAAAUUGGAUACCACGUCAUAUAUUAUAGAUCGUCGACACGCUAUUGAGCAUCUUUCCAUUAGUGGCAUUCUAAUCACGAAACGUCAGAUCGAAAUCACUUUGAUCCAGAAGUUCGUUCCAUAACUUUGUCUACACAAUUUAGACCAACUCCCAAAAGCCUAUUGAUCUUGUGUCUGUUACAAUGUGGCGAUAUACAGCCAAACCCUGGACCUUCGACAAGAAUAGCAUCCUCUCAAAGAAAAAGACAACCAAAGUUCCCUUGUACUGUUUGCUCAGGAGGUGUAAUAGCUUCGAGCAAAGCAGUUAGUUGCUUUCAGUGUAAAGCAAAAACACAUAAGAUGCACAAGCUUCAUCACAGAUACAGACUCUAUCAAAGCAUCCAGUGAAAACAUAUCUUUUAACUUUACUUGUAACAAGUGUACUUUUAAUCUUCUUCCUGGAGAAACCUCACCCAGGGAAUCAACGGAGGAACAUCCAGGAACCUGUUAUCUACCAGACUGUGAUAGUUUUAAUCAUCAUUCAUCGUCAUCAAACUCUUCCAGUGAUUUUAACUCAACGAAAUUUACAAGUGUUUUUAAUUUGUUUGAUGUUUUUAAACAAAAAGGGUUGCAUUUUGUCCAUUUUAAUUGUAGAACUUUAUUACCAAAAAUGUCAGAAAUUAGACUAUUUGCCAGUGUAUGUAAAGUACAUGUGAUUGCAAUCACUGAGACUUGCUGGUACGAUACCAUCACAAACAAUGAAAUUUUUAUACCAGGUUUUAAUAUCAUCCGGAGAGACAGAAAUCGUAAUGGAGGAGGAGUGUGCUUAUUUAUAAAUGAAAAUAUUGCAUUUUCUGAAAGAACUGAUUUACACGGUUACACUAUUGAGGCCCUUUGGGCUGAAAAACAUCUUGUAAAAACUAAACCUAUUCUCAUUUGUUCUUGCUACCGGCCUCCUAAUCAAAAUGAUUUUACAGAACAUUUAGAAAACAUUUUAUCGAAUUUACGAUCUGAUUUUGAAUGAUUUAUUUUAGGUGAUUUAAAUAUUUGUUUUAAAACAAAAUGUGUUCACUGUUUAAAAAAUAUGAACUUUUAUUAGAAAUGUUUAACCUGAAACAACUGAUUGCUCAUCCUACUAGAAUAACUGAAACAGCUUCAUUGAUUUUAGAUCAUAUCUUGUGCAAUCAAAGUAAUAAAGUUUCUCAAUCUGGUACUUUACCCAUAAAUCUUAGUGACCAUUUGCCAGUAUAUUGUACAAGAAAAACUACAAAAAAAAUAAGUAAGCAUAACACAGUUCAUGUUCGGUGUAUAAAAAAUUAUACUGUAGAAGAUUUUAUUUACAAACUUAACAAUUGUGAUUGGAAUUGUAUGUUUACUGUUGACACUGUACAAGAAUCUUGGUUAUUUUUCAAAGACACAUUUUUGAAAGUUUUGAAUAAUAUAGCUCCAACCAAAGAAGUUCGUUUAAAGAAGAGAACAGAGCCAUGGAUGGAUUCGAAUAGUUUAGAAUUAAUUAAAAAUAGGGACUAUUUUAUGUACAAAUUUAAGAAAACUAAUAAUAAGGAUUUUUUUCAUUUGUUUUGUUUUAAAGAAAUAAGGUCCAAAGGGCUGUGAAGAAAGCAAAGGCAGAAUAUAUUUGUGAUCAAUUAGAAGAAAACAAACACAAUCCUAAAAGUUUGUGGUCUCAUUUAAAAUCGUUAGGUCAUAGCAAAAAUAAUAAAUCCUCAUCACAUGUUGUUUUAAAAAUAGAGGGCAAACUAUGUUUUAAAGCUGAAACAAUAGCCAAUCAUUUUAACCAUUUUUUCACAACUGUUGCUUCAGUACUAGUUGAUAAGCUUCCUGCUGCUCCAAAUCUAUUUAAUACAGCGUCAUUUAAAAAAAAAUCAUUUUACAGCGACAGAAAUCCUGCUCACAAUUCGUUUAAACUUCACACAGUUUCUGAAGAUUUUGUUUACAAAGAGUUAAGCAAAUUGAAUUGUUCAAAGAGUACUGGGUUAGAUGAAAUUCCGGCCAGAUUUUUGAAAGAUUCUGCUCCUUAUAUCAAAACUCAUAUUACAUUUUUGUAAAUAGCUCUAUUGUUAACAAUGUAGUUCCCACUGAUUAAAAAAGUGCUAAGGUAAAACCACAGUCCACUGUUUAAAAAAGACAAUAGGUUCGAGGUUUCUAAUUAUAGACCGGUUAGCAUUUUGUCCAUUGUUUCAAAAUUUUUACAGAGAGCUGUAUACAACCAAGAAUCCUUUCUAGUGAAGCAAGGUCUGUUGUAUGAGUAUCAGAGUGUCUUCAGGGGGAACUACUCCACUGACUCCUGUCUUAUUCACCUGUCGGAUCAUAUACGUGGACAGACCUCUAUGGGCUUCUUCACUGGUAUGAUUAUGUUGGAUCUACAGAAGGUCUUCGACACUGUAGAUCAUGACAUACUGUGUCAAUAGCUUCGUGCGAUGGGAGUGAAGUCUGUGGAGUGGUUUCACUCGUACCUAACUGAUAGGACGCAGUCUGUGCAUGUUAAUGCCGCUAAAUAUGAUUUCGAAUCAGUUGUGUGUGGAGUCCCCCAAGGAUGUAUACGGGGUCCUCUCUUGUUUUUGACCUACAUUAAUGAUAUGAAAACAAGUGUAUCAUCCAAUUGUAAACUAAUACUCUAUGCUGAUGAUAGUGCAAUUUUGUAAUCACAUAAAGAUCCUAGUUCCAUCAGUCAAGUUUUAGGCAAAGAGCUCGAGUCCAGUAGUAAGUGGUUAAUAGACAAUAAGCUAUCCCUCCAUCUAGGCAAAACAGAGUGUAUUCUUUUUGGUUCGAAACGUGAACUCACUAAGGUGGACAAUUUUAAUAUACAAUGUAAUGAUCAUGUUAUAAAAUCUCAGUCGCAUGUAAAAUAUCUUGAUUUGAUUUUGGAUGCUGCUUUGUCUGGUACUUCUAUUGUAAAUAAUAUCGUCAAGAAGGUUAUCUCUAGACUUAAAUUUUUAUAUAUUAUUAUUAAAGUGCUUUCUUGAAUAAAAGUCUUAAAAUAAGUUUAUGUAAUUCUUUAAUACAAUGCCAUUUAGAUUAUGCAUCCUCUUCGUGGUAUUGUGGGCUCACGAAACAGCUCAAGCACAAGCUACAAAUAGUCCAAAAUAAAAUGGUUCGUUUUAUUAACAAUUCCCAUAGUAGAACAUCACUUGGUGUAUCGCAUUUUGAAGAUCUUGAUUUAUUGAACAUUGAGCAAAGAUACAAGCAACUUCGACUUAACCAUAUCCAUAAGAUUUUCUACAAUAAAUGCCCAAGCUAUAUGAAAGACAAUUUUGUCAAAUGUACAGAUGUCCAUCAAUAUGAGAAUAGAUCAUGAUUAAUUUUUAUGUACCUCAAGUUGAUGGCUUUUCUAGUUCUUCAUUUUACUACAAUGGUAUUAAGGAUUGGAAUUAAUUACCUGAUAAUAUAAAGUCCAUCAAAUCGAAAUUUACUUUUAAGAAACUUGUUUAGAAACAUCUAUUAAAUAAAAUGAAGGAAGACGAGAAUUUCAUGUAUUUUUACUUUUAGAUUUGUUUUAUUUUAUGAAAUUGCUUAUUUUUAUGCUAAUUUGUAUGAGUCUGUGUAUUAUCAUGUCAACGUUUGAAAGUCUCACUUUUUUAAUAUGUUAAAGAAAUAAUUUAAAGAUCAUGUCGUUUUUAUCUUAAGAACUGAAACAAACUAUAUAUUUAUAGUCACUUAUAAGACCUGUUUAACAAAAUCCAGGGACCCCGUUAGAAAUAAGCUUAUUCAUGUUUACAUGUCUAGGCUUUAUGGGUUAUCCUGUGUAUACAUCAUGUCGUUUUAUUAGUUAGAUCUGUAAUAAAAGGCACCAUUUACACUUGAAGUUACAAUGUUAGCUAUAUCGUAGUAUUUGUAUUUGUACUUAAUAUGUUACGAUAUUGUAAUGCAUUGAUUAUAUUGAACUGUAAAAUGCUUGACAUAUAUACACAAAUAAAACUAACUAAUUGUGUUUACAAGAUUACGCCAAUUUAUUUCAAAAUUCCAUCAUUCACAACAAAGUUAUUGGAGUGACAUGAACAUUCACUAUAUACACACAAUGUUUAAGGAAUAUGCAAAAUCAGUGUCAUAUGGACCUUCAUCUUGAAGCGAAUUACAUUUUUUGCACACAACACAUUUUCAUGAUAUGAUAAUUUGUGCUAAUUUUUGUCUUUAUUUAAAUAUAAAUCCCAUAAUGUACAACAAAGUUUUGAACUGGGUACAAAUGCCCCACAAACACACACAUAAACAUGGGUAACACCAUAUGCCCUUUUGCUAUUACCAUGGCGGGUUCAUAAAAACAGAAAAAAUGGUGAGAAUGAAAAAAAACAGGAACAUGAUUUAGCUGUUGAAAUGAUCGAUGCUAGAAUUUCUGAUAGAAAGAUAU